CCCCCUUUCGUUGUAAAAUCCAUCACCAUAGCAUCCAAUAAAAAUAAAUACGAUAUUAAUCCCUUCUCGACCUUCGGCUUCCAGAGGCCUACAUAGAGCACAGAACUCGGAAUCCAAAGUUCAUCACAUCUUUUCUCUUCAUAAAUUUACUACGAUGCUGAUGUAGUUUGAUCAGUGCCCUGGGUCGAAUCUCAAGAAAGAGGAAAAAUCAUCUCAAAGCCAGAUCAAAUCAUUUAAAUAAGAAAAUCACUAAAUCAUCAUGCCUCUGAGGAGGCUAUUAGAAGUAGAAGCUCCGGGGCCGGCAAGAUAUUUGAUUGGGGCAUUCAUCAUGAUGGUGGGUGUAGUUUUGCCUGUGGGAUAUAUGAUGUUCAGAAACAAGCGAGUCCCCAGCACUUCUGUUUACGCGAAGCAGACGUAGGAGUAAAGGUUUGACGUAAGGGGGAUGCAAAGUUGUUAAUCUUCACUAUUCUUUUAUGCCUGUUUGAAGACGGUUAAAUUACAGUCAAGGAAGCCUAGACCUCAUAAUUUCAGUGGUUAUUCAGUGUACUGAGAUAAUUUGUUUUAGGCCCUAGGGAAGUGUUUUUUAUGUUGACAAUCACUCUAGAACCCUACUAAGUUGUUCAAUGAAAUAUUAUAUUAUCUAAUGGUAAGUUUUUAUUGUUAAAACUUCUGAUACUGUUGUCUGUUGAGUUGCAACAAGAGAAAAGCACGCAUUUGCACAUUAUUGAUUCACAUCUUUCUUGAAAUGUGUAUCAAAUUUGUCACAUUUUCAUGGAAUUAUUCCCUGAUGUUUAUGAAUGGAUAUGCUGCUUUUUGGUGUC